AUGCCUUCGCCAGCAAAAACGCCCAUCCUCCCCCACUCUCUUCCCCUCACCCUCAUCGUCGCAACGACCCCGAUCCGCGUCGCGUCCCCCGCCGCCAAUGAACCCCCGACACGCCUCGGCAUCGGUCUCAAGGGCACGCUCCCCUGGCCACGCAUCAAAACAGACAUGAGCUUCUUUGCACGCGCGACAUCGCGGUCCCCCGCUCCCGGCACCACUAAUGCCAUCAUCAUGGGCCGUAAGACGUACGACUCGGUGCCUCCGCACCUGCGCCCGCUGGGCAAGCGCAUUAGCGUCGUCGUGACGCGGGACACGACGGGCACCGUCCGGGAUGGAGUACUACAGGAGCUUGCGGCCCGCAAGGCCAAGAUGGCUGCGAAGUCGGCCGACGAGCCCGAGGCAGACGCGCUGGUGGCAGGUAGCCUAGACGCGGCGCUGGCGGAGCUGGACUCUACUUAUGGGGCUGCAGGCCGGCUGGGCAAGGUGUUUGUGAUCGGGGGCGCGGAGAUCUACGGGGCUGCGCUGCGUAUGCAGCAGGUGGUGCGGCCGGUGCGAAUUGUGAUGACGAAUGUGGUUCGCAAAGCGGAGGGGGAAGGCGAAGCGAGGGAGUUUGAGUGUGAUACGUUUUUCCCGGUUGAAAAACUUACGGCUAAGGAUGGAUGGCGGACGGCUAGUCCAGAGGAAUUGUCUGAGUGGGUUGGAGAAAGCGUUAGCGGGGAGUGGAUUCGAGAGGGAGAUGUCGAGGUGCAGAUGGUUGGGUAUGAGCGGGUCUCAUCGUGA